GAUAGAUAAUUCAGAAUAAUGUCAUGGUGAUUUUCUUGGAUUGAUGGACACAAUACAGAAGUACCGCCCACUGAAAGUCAUUGCUUAAUUGGAUUGUAUACAAAAGAAUAAACAAUGCACAAUCACAGAGAUAAUUUAUCAAAUUUAGAAGAGAGGUCCGAACUUACAAGUCGCGUUCGCAACUACAGACGAGGUCGGAUUUUGUCAGCAGAGAGCAGCUACUCUAACGCAAAUGAUAAUUUUGUUCCUUUCCGGCAGUUGCCUCGAGAGGCUAGUGUUGACUGGGCUUUAAACACUGGUGCUACAUGCCCUAGCAAUGAGCUGGCCACUAGUCUACCACAGGAAACUAGAAAUCUCGAAUCUCAAUCGAGUUUUCCAUACCAUGGGGUUGAAGGGCGACGUCACUUGUUCCAAAGCAGCGUCAGUGUAGGGAGAGGAACGAUGUCUCCUGCCGUUAUUCAAAGAAACUCAUAUCAAUCACAACUGUAUCCACCACCGCCUCCUCCGUAUCAUACCAGACCUUUUAGUGGAAGCGGAGGAACCAAUAUGUCUCUUUUCGUGGCUCGAAGUGGCGACCCACAGACUGCAUCUUUAGUGCGUCGAGUUGUUGGUGAAAGAGAUGCUGUGUUACAUGAGUAUUCGACUGUGAUGGCCGAACGAGACAGAGUGCACGCCGAGAUGGACUCAUUGUCAGCCGAGUUGGCAUCGGCUAAAAACACUGUUGACGAGCUGCAACUAGUGUUACAGACCAAAUCGGCAGAAGCUACUCGUCUCAAUAUGGACUUAUUGGCAGCGAAAAACUGUUACUGGACUUUAAUAGACUCCAUGGAUGAUUGGAAAAAUGCCCUUCUGGAUGCUCUUUUAUCCAAUCGAAAUUUUCGGAAUCACUUUCCUGCAAUGGAAGCAUCAAUGGACUUCUUUCGCUCAUGCAUAGAAGAACAGUUUGAAAAUUUCAUUGCGUCGAAUGCUGAUUUUGGAAGUCGUCGCAAUCGCAGCGAUAAUAACAGUGCCUUUUCUUCUCUAACCAUACAAACACAAUCUCGGCCUUUGCGCGGAGAUAAUCAAAUGCGACGAAGGUCUUCAUUUGGAUUCACAAACGAUGAACAUGAAAGAAGUUCGAUGGAUUUACAGGAGACGACAAAUCAAUUUGCGAGAAGCGACAGUGAAUCAUUUGUAGCGUUUCCAAGUAGCCGUGCGUCAAACGUAGCACCAAUUUCUUUACUUUUGGAGAGAAUUGGAAACUUGCGACAGGAGUUGGGGAACAGAAAUGCUGAAAUUUUACAGAACUCGAGUGAAAUCGACUUCAUCAAAAAUUCCUUGUCAACCUAUCGUUCUGAAAACUGCAACCUUCUUUUGCAAAUUGAGAAACUGAGACUGGAAAAUGAAGAAAUGCGAAGCAGUUUGAUUUCUUGGCCUAAAAUUGAAUUCCAUAAAAACGUAUCUUCAGCUGCCAACGAAUAUACUUUGGAUGUCGACGUUAGAUUUCACCUACGUUCUCUUUUCGACUGGAGCAAUUUCGGAGUUAUGUUUUCGGAUAUUACAGGACAUCUAACUGUAAUCGAAGUGAAAGCAGAUUCUAAUUUCAAAUCUGUACUCAAGCCCAAAAUGAAGCUUCGAGUUAUAGAUCACGUGCCUGUUACUUCGUUACCUGAAAUGCGGUCCAAAAUAUCUAGGCGUGUGAAGUCGAUUCAUUUUUUGUUUUCGGCUAAAUGUGAAAUAAUUAAAACUGAUAAGUGUACUCAAACAGAAGAAAGCGCAAUUUUAAGACAGCUGAACACCUUACGUACAAGUAGUUGCUUUGAACCUCAAGCAAAUUAUAUUGAAAGUUCUCCGUUCACUAGAAAUUCGACGCUACGUUCUCCUCUUGUCAGGAAUUCGAACGACAACUUAACUCGACGUCGGGCCAGUGCAGCAGCAGGACUCUCAGAGCUCCAUCGUCGUCGGCAUAGAUCAUAUUCACCCUCAAUAGAUCUGAAUUGGAUGACAAACGCGGCAAAUCCGUUCAUGAGUUCGCCGAGUUUUGCCACCGAGAGCCGAAGAAAUCGCACUCUUCCGAGGAACCGCACAGAAUUAGACUGGUUCUCGAAGCGUCGAUCGGAGAAUCUCAGAGGAGUUGACGAGGUUGUGAUGGACCUCGAGGAGCCAUUUACUCAUGGGACUGUGAGCGAGGAGAAUUCGGACCGUUUAUUCGAGGAUGCAUUGUUAGAAACGGAUGAACAGAACAACACGCAUUUGACAGAGAUGCAAGUGAUUGAAGAUCUGGAUUCUUAUUUUUCCUCGGGAUACGAGGAGAACUCAAUAAACCCGGCCGAAUCUAUGAUGACGGAAGAAAUCACUCAAACGUUCAAACUUCCGAAUAACACGAACGCAAAACGAGUGUCAGUUUCUCACAAGCAUGUGGCAUCUGAACCUGUACAGACAACGGAACGUUCGACACACGUUGAUACAUCUUCAGACAGAGGUAUGUGCACAAAAGAGAUGACAGACGGAAAGAGAAGUCAGAAGAAGCAACAGACAAUUCGGGAACUGACUUGGCCUAGAAUGCGAAAAAAUUUUGUGAAUCCUGUUAAGGGAUUCGAAUUAGCUAAGGCAAUUCCACCUACAGAACGACAGGAUUCGGGUAGUUCAGUCACGGGAAAGUUCAAGGAUUCGCCGAAGAGUAUCAGACUGCCCUUUGGUGGUUCGGGAGGUAAAAAGAGGUCUUCGAUUCUGGGAUUCAAGUUUUCUCCAGCAGCCAGUGUGAAGUCCAGAAACUCUUCAAAGUGCUCUACCUCUUCAAAGUGUCGGUCGCCUGACCUCAGCUGUGAACGAUCGCCCUCUCAUUCAAGACGAAGUCUCUCUGUCAACUAUGGCUGUAAAUCACCCUCCCCUCUGGAGUUGGAUAAUUGUGAUUUGCGAAUAGGAUCUCAAGCUGCAACUGCGAAAACCAAAACGGUACCGGCUACUAGAGGUGCUGUUAGGCGAGCACAGUCUUUGAGCGUAGAAGCUGGAGGCGACACGGUUUUAUUCGACGGCCUUGACGCAAUUCCAUCGAAAAGGUAUGAUUCGCGUUCUACUGGCGAAUGUGCUAUGCAGUCUCCUUCAAAUCCGCUCAGAGAAGAUACUGUCAGCAAUACUGAACAGGAAAGAGUAGUUACUCUCUCGAGGAAUGAUCUAUCGCGGGGUUUCGGGUUUCGCUUCUGUGGCGGAAAUGUACAUGGACUAUUCGUGUGCAGUGUGAUGCCUUCAUGCUCGCAUUUAUUGCACGUCGGAGAUCUCAUUUUAGAGGUGAAUGACCUAAGUGUUUUGCAUGCAACGCUUGAGGAACUAUUCAUUCUUCUUAAGACGAACCGAGAGUACGAGGUCAAACUGAGAGUUAAAGCAGAAACAAAACUGUACAAGCAGACUCAGCAACUUCAAUCGGCGUCAAAUGAGGCGAAUUUUCAAAAUAUUACCAAAGAUCAGUUCUACGUCAGAGUUAUUUGCGCAUCAGAUCCGGCCUCCGGUAUCUCGUCGCAGCAUCGCGGAUUGUCUUUGAACCAUGGGGAGGUCCUAUACAUUAAAGACUCAGUAUAUCAAGGCGAAGUUGGAGUAUGGCACGCAGCUAGGGUCGACCAGCGAAAAAUGGAACUGCAGGAAGAUUCUGGACUCGUACCCAGCAUGUAUUACAAAUACUUGCCUAUUUUGAAAUCCUCGAGUAUAUAUAAAGAACAGUCAAAUCAGAAAGCAGACAGAACUUCAAGUUUGGAUGUCAUAAGCGAAGAUAACAGGAGUUCGAGUCUUGGUCCGGGCGCAAAUACUGUCAGGAGUUUUCGCAAAUUAUUUCUCAAGAGGUUUGCAUCAAGUUCUUCAUUUACGUGUUUGCCAACAUCAACAAAGGCGGCUGAAUCGUCUAACACUGAUAUUGGGAUCAGCCAUACUGACCAUGGUGAUAUAUAUGAAUUCCAAAGAGUCAAAUAUUUUGACGAAGAUUUUCGACGACCAAUUGUGUUCGUGGGUCUCUUUUGCGAUCAGCUGGCAAAAUUCUUUGUCGUAAAUUACCCGAAGCGAUUUAAGUAUUUCGAAUUUUCGGCAGGGCACGGAAAAAAUUGCGAACUGAAAUGUGAUGCGUUCUGUAAGUUGACGGCUAUGGGUACCUCUAGUAGCGAUGUGACUGUGGAACAAAAUAGAAAAAAUGACCUUGCAUCAAUUUGCAGGCGACUUGACAAGGGCACUAAUUUAGUUCUCUAUGCCGAUGUAACUCAAUUGGAGAUUAUGGGAACUAACAAUCUACAGCCGCUCGUGUUUUGUUUUGACCCAAUGAAAAAUCAUAAAGCUGUGAAGGAUUUGUAUUUUUUGCUCCAUAAUGGAGGAAAUUUGAGCACAAAGAAAACAAAACGACUCAUCGCCGACUGUCAAUUGAUUGAGUUGAGUUUGAAAAAGAUGAAUAUUUUCUACUGCAAAUUGACAGGAACUUUAAAUGAAGUAGAGGGAAAGGUUGUAAAGCAGUCGGAGCAGUUUUCGAAUUUUAAUUUGUUCGUUGCAGAUGACACCAAUCGAGAAGUUGGCGAGCAAAUAAGAAAACAAAUGGAUGAACUUGUUAAUAGAAAUUAACUUAAAUGAAGUCAGACUUUGAUUCAAAUGUAGAAAAAAAUUAUGCCAAAAUUAAUUGUAAACAAUCAGUUGUAAAUAUGUAAAUUAGAUGAAUCGCUGGUCGA